AUGGAUUAUGUCCCAUCCAUUCCACUUUCAUCAAUUUCUCAAUUAUAUCCUCCUCUUGAUAUUUCUGCUCAAAGUGAUCGUUACAAAUCUCUUAUUGAAAAAUUUCAUUCCAUAUAUCCCAAUCAUUCACCAAAAUUCAUUGCUCGUGCUCCCGGAAGAGUUAAUUUAAUUGGUGAGCACAUUGAUUAUGCUGGGUUUGGAGUUUUACCAACGGCAAUUGGUCGUGAUAUUUUAAUUGCAGUAGAAAUUUCUGAAAAUGAUAAAAGAGUUAGGAUUGCAAAUGUUAAUGGAGAAAAAUAUAAACCCGAUAGUUGGGAUUUCGAAGGUAAAGAUAAAAUUGUAGAUAUUAUAGUUGAAGUUAAUGUAUCUAAAUGGAGCAAUUAUUUUAAAUGUGGUUAUAAGGGUAUUCUUCAACAUCUUGGGAUAGAUAAUCCUAAAGGAAUGUAUUGCUUGGUAGAUGGAAUUGUACCAAGUGCAUCUGGAUUAUCAAGUUCUUCAGCAUUUGUAUGUUGUGCAGCUCUAGCAACAGCUUUAGCUAAUAAUGUAAAUUUUACAAAAAAACAAAUUACUGAGAUUUCCAUCGAAUGUGAGAGAUACGCAGGGUUAAAUACUGGAGGAAUGGAUCAAACAGCUUCAAUCUUUUCUCAAAUUGAACACGCACUUUACGUUCAAUUUUUGCCUACACUCACUGCAAUUCCUGUAAAAUUGCCUAGCAUAACACCACCAAUAGCAUUCGUUAUAGCAAACUCCCUCAUCACAUCCGAUAAAGUUAUAACUGCUCCAAUUCACUAUAAUUUACGUGUAGUCGAAACAAAAUUAGCUGCAUAUGACUUGGGUAAAACUUUAUUUGGCAAAGAGUGUGAACAUUUGAGGCAAGUUUAUGACAUGUAUUCUCAAACUACCGAAGUCAAAGAUUUCCAACUUAAAUAUCUAUCAAAUUUCGUGGAUAAACAUUAUACCGAAUUAAAGAAACAAGAAGGCUAUUCUUUAGAUGAAUUGUCUGUAUUAUUAAAUCUUCCAAGAGAAGGAAUUGAAGAAAAGUUUUUAACAAAAUUCCCGGUACAAGCUGAAAGGUUUCAUUUAUACAAGAGAUCGAAACAUGUAUUUGAUGAAGCUUUAAGGGUUCUAAAAUUUUAUGAGAUUUGUCAGGCGGAUGGAAAAAAUGAUCAAGAAAUAAUUGAAAGUUUAGGAGAAUUAAUGAAUCAAAGUCAUAAAAGUUGUAAAGAAUUAUUUGAUUGUUCUUGUAAAGAACUUGAUGAAUUGGUUAAAAUUUGUUUAGAAGGUGGCGCAAUUGGAAGUCGACUCACAGGAGCAGGUUGGGGCGGAUGUACCGUAUCUUUAAUCCAUGAAGAUCAAGUGGAAACAUUUAUUUGUUAUGUCAUUGAAAAUUAUUAUAAACGUAGAUUUCCUUUAUUAACAAAUGGACAAUUGAAGGAUGCAAUUUUUGCAACUAAAACUGGCAGUGGAGCUGCUAUUGUAGAAAUCAAAUAA